AUGCCCAAACCCUUCCUCCCAGUCCCCAACUCCACCCUCCCCUUCUGGCUCACAGACCGUUCGCCCCUCGACCAAAUCCGGUCCACUCCUGAUUUGCCCUUGGAAUCAGAUAUAAUCAUUAUCGGCGCUGGAUACGCCGGUAUAAGUCUUGCUUACCACCUCCUCACCUCGGAUCCAUCAUCAUCGUCAGAGGCACCAACAAUCACAAUCCUAGAAGCGAGGAGUAUAUGUUCCGGUGCAACGGGGCGGAAUGGCGGCCAUGUACGACCAGAUACAUACAGCCUCAUUCCACUGUACAUCAACCGCUACGGCCUCGACGCCGCGCGGGAAGUCGCUGAAUUCGAACUCUCGCAUAUCAAAGCUAUUCAAGACGUAAUCCGUACGGAAGCGAUAGACGAUUGCGAUUUUCUGCUUACGCAGAAUAUGAAUGUAUUCCUUGACCAGGAGCGAGGAAACGCGACGAAAGAGGCAAUUGAGGCAUUGCGAAAGACGGGGUGUGGAUUUGUAGAUGAUAUUUUCCAGAUUCCUGAUAGGGAUGCUGAAUCUAUAUCCGGCGUCAAAGGCGCAAAAACAGCCUUCUCAUUCACCGCAGGCUCAAUAUGGCCCUACAAAUUCAUCAUGGGACUUUUGCGUUCUAUCCUAAAACACGGAGGUGACAGGGUGAAUAUCCAGACAACUACACCCGUUACAUCCGUAACAUCGGACGGAUCAAUUUGGCAUACAAUCGCCACGCCUCGUGGAACCGUCAAGGCGAAGAAAGUAGUCUAUACCACUAAUGCGUAUACAUUCGGUUUAUUACCUGAAUACGAGCCCGCCAUAAUCCCCGCGAAGGGGAUGGUAGCUCACAUCGUCUCCCCUACUGAUGGAAAAGGGAAAAGACCGCCGUUUUUGUCACAAACAUACAUCCUCCGUCCCGACUCGAGCGACGGCGCAGAUUACAUGAUCGUCCGCCCCGAUGGAAGUAUCAUAAUCGGAGGCGCCCACCAGAUCCAUACAUUCCCCGAAAAGGGUCCGGAGGGAAAUUCGGAAUGGUACGGGAAUAUAGACGAUGCGAGUUUGAUUGAAUCGACAAAAGAUUAUUUUGAGGGGUAUAUGCAGCGGUAUUUUGUUGGAUGGGAGGAUACGGGUGCGGUUGUGGAGGGGUUGUGGACUGGCAUAAUGGGCUACUCGGCCGACUCAGCACCACAUAUCGGCGCAAUCCCCUCACGACCAACCCAGUUCAUAGCAGCGGGGUUUAACGGACACGGUAUGCCGGUUAUAUUCCUCUCAACCAAGGGCUUAGCACAGAUGAUUCUGCACGAUAAAUCAUUCGACGACACCGAUCUACCGCGUAUAUACAAAAGCAGCGCUGAGAGGUUGGAUGCCAUUAAACGUGGGAGAGAGGGGGGCGAUAUACUCCAAUCCGUAACCGUUUCAUCUUCAGAAUAGUAGAAUAGUAGAAUGGAGAUAAGAUUAAUCACUCCUGGCAACAACAACGCCCAACCCCAGUAUCAACAAACACAAAAACGCAACCAUAAACGUCACAGCGAGCAUUGUGCAGCAAUGCCGCUGAUUUGCGCGUCGUUCUUUGCGUUCGAGGAGGCGGUCGCAGGCUGAGCAGUGGAUGUGUCCGUCUCCUUCUUCUUCUCCUUCGGGUUGGCCAUGUUGAUGCUGAUGUAGAUGGACUUGGUCUUGUUCGAUAUCAAUAGAGGUAUCUUCGUUUUGGGGGACGUUUUGCGGGAUGGAUAUGUACUGUCAUG